UCAGCCAUCAAGGGAUAUCGGAGGCGUUUGGACUGGAUCUAAACACUGUUCCAGCUUAAAUAGCAUUACUACUGGGAAACCAGGAAUAUUAGUAUCAGCAUCUAUCAUGUGGACGAUGGCUAUCACAUUCUGCCUGUUGGCUCCCUUCCAUAAAGCCCAUGAUACAUGUCCAGAAGUGAAAGUUGUGGGUGUUGGUGAUUCGGACAAGCUGACCAUUCUCCGAGGCUGUCCCGGAUUACCAGGAUCUCCAGCUCCAAAAGGAGAACUGGGGUCAAAAGGAGAAAAAGGAGCCCGCGGAGACCCGGGGAAACAUGGACCUCCAGGUCAGAAAGGUGAAAAGGGAGACAAUCAGGACGCACUCUCAUUCUAUGCUGCCAGAAACUGCAAGGAACUACUAGACCAAGGAGAAGUCCUCAGCGACUGGUACAUAAUAUACCCAGAUGGUGUCCAACCCAUGAAGGUGCUGUGUGAUAUGCAUACCGACGGAGGAGGCUGGAUAGUUUUCCAAAGACGUUGGGAUGGCUCCGUGGAUUUCUUUCGUGACUGGAAGUCCUACAAGUCAGGGUUUGGCAGCAGGCUGAAUGAGUUUUGGCUGGGGAAUGAUAAUCUUCACAAAUUAACCUCAUCAGGUACAUGGGAACUGAGGGUUGAUCUACAAGACUUUGAGAACGCAAAGCACUUCGCUAAAUACGAAUCCUUCCGGAUUCUGGGGGAGUCAGAGAAAUUUAAGUUAUUAAUUGGAGCCAUGAAGGGGGGUAAUAUAGAGGAUGCUAUGAAGGUUCACAACACCAUGCCAUUUUCCACCAAGGACCAAGACAACGACAUACUGCCGGAACACUGUGCCGAUAGAUAUAAGGGAGGAUGGUGGUACAACGGCUGCCAUCAUUCAAACCUGAAUGGGUUGUACUUGUUAGGAAGUCACAGCAAUACGGCCGAGGGGAUCAACUGGUACGGAGGCAGAGGGCACAACUAUUCCUACAAACGUUCCGAAAUGAAAAUUAGGCCUUCGUAAACUCUCAGUAAUUACAUUUUAAAACCCUACGGGGCCUAAAAUCAAGGGGCGGAUUCAUCACCAUGUAACGUUUUUCACGUUUUUGCGGCAAAAAUCACAAAUUCAAGUUUCUGAAAUUAGGGAUUAUUAAAAACCCUGCCAAUCCAUGUAGAAGUCGAUGAGAAUUGUAUUUUCAAAAUUCAUUUGGACACUUGGCUUGUUGAAAAUAAAGGCUAGAAUGUGACUUCA